UCCAAGGCGUGUUAUAGAGCAGCUAUCCUAUGAUGUAUAUUGUCGUGUGUUGAAUUGGAUUUAAUCCCAGUCCCAGUACAAGGGCCUGAAGUCAACACCCACGUUGAGUUUAAUGUAACAAUGGAGAGAAGUGGAAGGUCCUCAACCAACAGUAACAAUGGAGAGAAGUGGAAGGUCCUCAACCAACAGUAACAAUGGAGAGAAGUGGAAGGUCCUCAACCAACAGUAACAAUGGAGAGAAGUGGAAGGUCCUCAACCAACAGUAACAAUGAAGAGAAGUGGAAGGUCCUCAACCAACAGUAACAAUGAAGAGAAGUGGAAGGUCCUCAACCAACAGUAACAAUGGAGAGAAGUGGAAGGUCCUCAACCAACAGUAACAAUGGAGAGAAGUGGAAGGUCCUCAACCAACAGUAACAAUGAAGAGAAGUGGAAGGUCCUCAACCAACAGUAACAAUGGAGAGAAGUGGAAGGUCCUCAACCAACAGUAACAAUGGAGAGAAGUGGAAGGUCCUCAACCAACAGUAACAAUGAAGAGAAGUGGAAGGUCCUCAACCAACAGUAACAAUGGAGAGAAGUGGAAGAUGAUGACCAGCUCUGUCUUUAAAGGAGAGGACCAGACAUCUCCCACAUGGUUCCAUCCUAGAGCUACAAGACCCUAGAAUGAUGACCAGCUCUCUCUUUAAAGGAGAGGACCAGACAUUCCCCACAUGGUUCCAUCCUAGAGCUACAAGACCCUGAGACAUCAUUAACAGAACAAGUUUCUCUGCCCAGAUUGAGACGAGGGGUAAUGUUCCCCUACUCAGAUGUUAUUUCAUCAACCAUUGCUAUAACAUGAUGUGGUUAGUUGAAACUUAAAAUACAUAUCCAGGCGUUGUGAGAUCAGGCGUCAGCAACUUCUGAGCAGAGGAACGCGCCUUACAUCAACUCAAAAUAGAGGGAGGAGAUUCACUGCAUAGCGUUAACCUGAAUCAUCUCAAAAUGACUGCUAUCGUGAGACUCCACCGACUAACGAAGGAUCAACUGUCUCUCGCUGCUCAGAAGAACAAUAACAAACCAGGCAGAAAACCAACGAAGAAGAAAAACUCCACCACCAGAGGAAGGAACCAAUCCACAGGAAAAGGAAACAACACUGCUGACAGUGAAAGUGUUUCUAGCCAGGUAUCAUCGGCCCCUAAGUGGUGGGGUCGCCCCAAGGGAAGCAAAAACAAACCCAAGAUAAGUCUACAACUCUCCAGCGCCAUCUUGAGGCCCGACGAGGUAAAACAAGAGGUGAAACAAGAGAUGGACGAGCUGCCUAUCGGGACAAGAAGUGAUGAACACUGGUUGAACUCUGUGAAGACAGAGAGCUACGACCCAGAGAUGGGUAACACCAGGGGACCUACAGAGAGCGACCCCAGGACAGAUGCACAUCACCUGGGUAUCAAGACGGAGGAUGCCCCCCUGUACCACCAGGAUGGAGGGAGGCGGCUGCGGUCGGCUACCGUUCAGCUGUUCAAUCUGGCUGCGUUGCGGUCUGAGCCGGAAUGGUGGCCUCGCAACCAGAAGGUCCGCCGGUUCCCGUGUCCAGACUGCGGCCAGAAGUUCUUCUCCAAAACCACGCUGGACUUACACUCCCGGAUCCACACCCAGUACCAGCCGUACUCCUGUGAGGUGUGCCAUAAAACCUUCUCCCGGAAAGGCGGUCUGGUCGAGCACCGACCAAUCCAUGAGGUGGAGCGCCCCUUCGCCUGCCUCCAAUGCGGCAGAACCUUCAAGUUCAAAUCCAACCUGACCCGCCACAUGCGGUUCCACAGCGACGCGCGGCCCUACGUCUGCUCCCAGUGCGGCCAAGGCUUCAAGAUCUCCGCCCAACUCAAGAGCCACAUGAUUUCCCACAGCGGGUAUAAACCGUACGUGUGCCCGGAGUGCGGCCAGAGUUUUGUCCGUUACAUGAGUCUCAAGUAUCAUCGGCUGAGCCACACCGGCGAGCGCCCGCUGUCCUGCCCAGAGUGUCCCAUGACCUUUGCCCGGCCGCACACCCUUAUGAUCCACCGGCGACAACACACCGGGGAGACGCCGUUCUCUUGCCAGGACUGUGGGAAGAGGUUCAAACAGGGAUGCCAACUGAAAGACCACGUCAGAAGGAAACACACAGGGGAGAAACCAUACAAAUGCUCUGAGUGUGACAAGUGCUUCGUCACUUCGGCGUCUCGUAAAGUGCACAUGGUUGUCCACACAGGAGAGAAGCCGUACAAAUGCACAGAGUGCUGUAGGAGCUACAGUCAGAGUGGGGGCCUGAAGAGGCACAGGUGUGAGCAGCAAACCAGGUGAGCGGAACCUUGGGGUUACGCACCAAAUGACACCCUAUUCUCUAACUAGUGCACUAGGGACCAUAGGGCUCUGGUCAAAAGUAGUGCACUAUAUAGGGAAUAGAGCUCUGGCCAAAAGUAGUGCACUAUAUAGGGAAUAGGGCUCUGGUCUAAAGUAGUGCACUAUAUAGGGAAUAGGGCUCUGGUCUAAAGUAGUGCACUAUAUAGGGAGCCAUUUGAGACGUAGACCCAGUGUUCUGAGUGUAGGAACUGGAGAGUGGAUCCUUAAAGCAGUACAAAUCAAAAUCAAAUGUAUUUAUAAAGCCCUUCUUACAUCAGCUGAUAUCUCAACAUGCUGUACACAAACCCAGCCUAAAACCCCAAACAGCAAGCAAUGCAGGUGUAGAAGCACGGUGGCUAGGAAAAACUCCCUAGAAAGGCCAAAACCUAGGAAGGAACCUAGAGAGGAACCAGGCUAUGUGGGGUGGCCAGUCCUCUUCUGGCUGUGCCAGGUGGAGAUUAUAACAGAAUAUGGCCAAGAUGUUCAUAAAUGACCAGUAGGGUCAAAUAAUAAUAAUCACAGUGGUUGUAGAGGGUGCAACAGGUCAGCACCUCAGGAGUAAAUGUCAGUUGGCUUUUCAUAGCCGAUCAUUAAGAGUAUCUCUACCACUCCUGCUGUCUCUAGAGAGUUGAAAACAGCAGGUCUGGGACAGGUAGCACGUCCGGUGAACAGGUCAGGGUUCCAUAGCCGCAGGCAGAACAGGUGGAUAAGAGCGUCUGCUAAAUGACUUAAAUGUAAUGUAAAUGUGUAAGCAGCCACGUAGGUGACAGAAGCCAGGUGAGAGGAUUCUCAGGUGUCCUGAGUUGGGAAACUGGCCUUUGUUUAUGCAGGAUUUAAAGGAGCAAUCUGGGAUUGGUACAUACAUAUAUAUUUUUUAAACUUUGAUUCUUGAAGAAUAUAACUUAGAAAUAAAUGCCUCUUGAAUUUAGUUAAAUUGUCUGACCCCAUCAGAACUCUAAAUAUAUGAUUACAUCACCAGGGAAAACAAUAGGCUGUUCCAUUGACUGUUCUAUCAGUUAUUGAACCCUCAAUAGGCUGUUCCAUUGACUGUUCUAUCAGUUAUUGAACCCUCUAUAGGCUGUUCCAUUGACUGUUCUAUCAGUUAUUGAACCCUCUAUAGGCUGUUCCAUUGACUGUUCUAUCAGUUAUUGAACCCUCAAUAGGCUGUUCCAUUGACUGUUCUAUCAGUUAUUGAACCCUCUAUAGGCUGUUCCAUUGACUGUUCUAUCAGUUAUUGAACCCUCAAUAGGCUGUUCCAUUGACUGUUCUAUCAGUUAUUGAACCCUCUAUAGGCUGUUCCAUUGACUGUUCUAUCAGUUAUUGAACCCUCAAUGGGCUGUUCCAUUGACUGUUCUAUCAGUUAUUGAACCCUCAAUAGGCUGUUCCAUUGACUGUUCUAUCAGUUAUUGAACCCUCAAUAGGCUGUUCCAUUGACUGUUCUAUCAGUUAUUGAACCCUCUAUAGGCUGUUCCAUUGACUGUUCUAUCAGUUAUUGAACCCUCAAUAGGCUGUUCCAUUGACUGUUCUAUCAGUUAUUGAACCCUCAAUAGGCUGUUCCAUUGACUGUUCUAUCAGUUAUUGAACCCUCAAUAGGCUGUUCCAUUGACUGUUCUAUCAGUUAUUGAACCCUCAAUAGGCUGUUCCAUUGACUGUUCUAUCAGUUAUUGAACCCUCUAUAGGCUGUUCCAUUGACUGUUCUAUCAGUUAUUGAACCCUCAAUAGGCUGUUCCAUUGACUGUUCUAUCAGUUAUUGAACCCUCAAUAGGCUGUUCCAUUGACUGUUCUAUCAGUUAUUGAACCCUCAAUAGGCUGUUCCAUUGACUGUUCUAUCAGUUAUUGAACC